GAGGGGCAGCCAGACAUGGGGCUGUGUUACAGCCUGCGCCCGCGGCUCUUCGGCGAACCCGGCGCAGGCGGCGGCUCCAUCUCCAGCGCCGCCGCCACCACCACCUCAGAGACCGAGCAACAGUCGUCGCCACCGCCCACGGCGGAGCCCUUGGCCCGGGCGCAGCCGCUGCCGCCACCGCUGCCCGGAGCUCAGGCCGGGGGAGGAAGAGGAAGAAGCGCGGGGAAAGGCGGUGGCCACAGCAGCAGCAUCAGUAGCACCAGCGGCGGCGAGGCCGAAGGCGCCGGCGGGAAACCCCGCGUGGGGGAGCUGGACGGGCCGCUGCUGCUCCUGCAGAACGGAGGGGGCAACGGGGCGGCUCCCCGGGAGAGCGCGCCGAAGGAGCCGCCGGCGCCUCAGGCCAAGCCGCAGCCUCUGGCGCUGCAGAGACCCUGGGAGAAGGCGCGCCUGGAGGAGCGGGAGGCGGAGAAGGAGGCGCGGCGGGUCAGCAAGAGCAUCGACCGGGCGCUCAAGGAGCAGAAGCGGGAGUACAAGCAAACGCACCGCCUGCUGCUGCUGGGAGCUGGUGAGUCAGGAAAAAGCACUAUUGUCAAGCAAAUGAGGAUCUUGCAUGUAAAUGGAUUUAAUUCAGAAGAAAAGAAACAGAAAAUUUUGGAUAUUCGAAAAAAUGUAAAAGAUGCAAUUGUGACUAUAGUUUCAGCAAUGAGCACUUUAAUACCUCCAGUUCCACUGGCCAACCAAGAAAACCAAUUCCGAGCGGACUACAUCAAGAGUAUAGCCCCACUUUCAGACUUUGACUACACCCAGGAAUUCUUUGAACAUGCAAAAAAGCUCUGGGACGAUGAAGGAGUAAAGGCGUGCUUCGAGAGAUCAAAUGAAUACCAGUUGAUUGAUUGUGCCCAAUACUUUCUAGAAAGAAUAGACAGUGUCAGUUUGCCUGAUUACACACCCACCGAUCAGGAUCUCUUAAGAUGCAGAGUUUUGACAUCUGGGAUUUUUGAGACAAGAUUCCAAGUAGAUAAAGUAAACUUUCACAUGUUUGAUGUAGGUGGUCAGAGAGAUGAAAGAAGAAAAUGGAUCCAGUGUUUUAACGAUGUCACAGCUAUUAUCUUCGUUGUGGCCUGUAGCAGCUACAAUAUGGUCAUAAGGGAAGACAACAAUACUAACAGAUUACGGGAGUCCCUGGACCUCUUCAAAAGUAUCUGGAACAAUAGGUGGUUACGGACAAUUUCAAUUAUUUUGUUCUUGAACAAACAAGACAUGCUGGCUGAAAAAGUCUUGGCAGGGAAGUCUAAAAUUGAAGAUUAUUUUCCUGAAUUUACACGUUACACUGUACCUGAAGAUGCAACUCCAGAUGCAGGAGAAGACCCCAAAGUUACAAGAGCAAAGUUUUUUAUCCGAGAUGAAUUUUUAAGAAUAAGCACGGCAACAGGAGAUGGAAAGCAUUACUGCUACCCACAUUUUACAUGUGCAGUUGACACGGAAAACAUCCGCAGAGUGUUCAACGACUGUAGAGACAUCAUUCAGAGAAUGCAUCUUCGGCAGUAUGAACUUUUGUAAUUACAAACACCAUGGAGCCUGUGGUUUUAAACAUCUUUUUCUUUCUAGACUUCCUCACAUGAAGUAGAGGAAGAUACUAUAUAGAUACGUCUGUCUCCUCUGUUUGUUUACUUUGAUUAGCCCUUCAACCCAGUACAUGCUUUAGGGGACGAUAUGUGUGCUUUAUUUUUAUAUGCCACUUCUUUGUCAUUCCACUAAGGCCUUUGGCUACCUCUGUUUCCUUAGGUUUGGUUGCAUUUGUUUGUUUGUUUCAUUUUUAAUUGGACAUAGCCUGCUAAAUUUUUUCAGCAGGCUUGUUAGUUCAAGCUGGUAUCUGCUAGCUAGAUGACACCAUGUCAUACAUAUAGUGUGCAUGGAUUCCUUUUCUACCAUGACGCUGAAGAGUACUUGAUAAGACGGAGGGAAAAGAAUAAUGCACUUUGUUUCAGGGUUAUGAAAUACUGUUGAGGAUGUAUACACGCGCGAUGUAGCAGCACCACAAUAUUUAUUACACAGUCACAAUUUUUAAACAUAACUGAGUUGCAGGUCAACUGAUGAAUGACCUCCUCUUUUAAGCCAUUAUCGGCAUAGGAAAUAGAGUAGAUAAUGAGGCACAGGGAAGUUGAGCAAUUUUUCUGGAGGUUUGGAGCUGAGACUCUACACACCUCAGGCAUUUGAAAUUAGAGCUACUUUUUCAGCCUAUUGCACCUAGGCAGAAAAUCCACCCCUCACUUACAUUGUUUCUUCUGUCCGCAAAUGAUCCAACUAGUUUAGAUCAUUUUUGGACAUUAGUCUUCUCCCUAUAUAUAUAUAUAUAUAUAUAUAUAAUAUAUAUAUAAUAUAUUUUGUUUUACUGCUGGUUUAUUAUUAUAUUGUACAGACUGUAAAGUGUAAUAUUAUUUUGUACAAUUUUAUUGACAAAAAAUACUUGUAGAAGAUCUUUGUGCCUUGAUUAUGGCUGUACCUGUAAAAUGAGCUAAGAUGUAAGUAUGUUUUUGAUUGCGCUGUACAGCUUGAUGUCAACUUUACCUGCAGCAGUGACUGGAGGUAAAAAAAAUCUUCUCUGUAGAGUUUAGUUUUUUUUUCUGGUUUAUAUAAAAAAAGCUCUUUAGUAUAAAAAAUUAUAAAUUAUGCAAAUUUUAGUCAUUUACCUUUCCAAGUAAAUUCUGCUGCUACCAGCUAUUGCAGCAACAUGCCUUUCUCUCACUCUCAGCUUUAAAACACUGAAAUUGAUUCAAGUGUCCAAAUUGCAACCUGGUGUUGUUUUCAUGGGAAUCAAGAUUCUUGUUUUACCUUUAAAAAAAACUAUGUUCAGUAAUUCUUUGGUCAUUCACAAGACGUUCCACAAUUGCACAGAUUGUGAAUGUGUAAAAAUCACCAUUAGAUAAAGGCUCUUCAAUCUUUGUUGCAACAGCCGCUUUCAUUGUGCACAUUGCAAGAAUGAAGAAAAGGUAUAACCUUUUUGUCUGGCCUAAGAGAAUUACAAGAGGACAUUACAUUUCUCUUAAUAAAGAGACUUUAGAAAGUGGGGUUUAUUUUAAAUAUUGUAGAAUCGCAAUGUGUGAAUAUUUCUCAAACUUGAAUAAUUUAUGCAAAUGACAUUCACAAAAUAAGUUGUGGUACAGUACAAUAUAAAAGCAAGAAUUGCUGUAGCAAUAAGGCAUGCCCUUCUCCGUAACUAUAAGAUUGCUUUAUAUUUUAUACAUAGGUGUUAUGUCAGAGUACAUAGUUUCCUGUGUCUAAGAUAACCUGUACAAACGUUUAAAAUUUGUAGUUGCAAUAACAAAUUUAGAAGUGUUAGCCUACAUAACGCCAUAGAUUACUUAUCACUUGCAUUAUCUUCAUCCUUUGCUUUAAAUUGGAAGAGAAAUAUUUUCAACCACAAUGUGAAUCAAUUUUUAAAUAAGGAGAGCAUGUUUGUUAUUUAUAUAAGCCCAGACUGCUUUUCCUAAUAACUGGGCGGACAUGUUGUGGUUAUAAUUCUGCAGAGUGGUCAAAUUAGUAAUCUUCCUAGGUACUGUAUCUUUUAAGAUCCCAUUUAAGACCCACUUUGAAACUGCUAGUUUGACCUAUUUUAAUAACUAAUGGCAACCAUGCAGAUUCUCAGAAUGUUUAAAAGACACUUACAUUGAAAUGAUUGGAAAUACCACUGGGGAAAAAAGACUUCUCCUAAAGAGAAAGUUAAUAAUGUAAACUAUUGCCUGUUAAAAGUGAGAAAAUACAAUUAGGUGUGGCUAGUUAGAGAAGGGGAUGGGGGAGCUGUCUCUCUAUCCUAUUGUCUCACUUCCCAAAUGCAGCAUGGACUGCACCCAAAGGGCCCUACCCAUAACGUAACUGUCUGCAGUCGUUGUGUGAUGUUGCAUUGGUUCAACCAUAACCUAAACACUUAUUUACUGGGGAAAUAAGUAUAUUAAGUAAUUCAGCUUCAGGACUUCCUGUGGCUUAGUUUAGUACCCUGCUUAAGUCUUUUUCUUAAACUCAUUACUUUAAAAUGCCAUUAAUAUAGAUGGGAUGUAAAUGUUUAAGAUCCAAGUGUGAAGUUCUCUGGCCAGGACCAUCUCCUUUAGAAAAAUGCUAAUACAAUGUGCAUCAUGCCAUUAUAAUUCUGUAUGAACCAUGCGGGGUGGGGGAGCAGCUGCUUAUAAUCUUAUUCCAGGGAAGAAUUUCAGCCAGACCUCUUAGACAUGUGUCUGUGAGAUACACAGACUUCACACAGCUAUUUCAACAGCGCAGAAGUCUUGUCCUCGUUUUUUUGCCUGGUUUGCCAAUAUUCCGCAAGCCUGUUACCAAGAGGUUUUGAUGAUUGUCACAUGACUGCCAUCUAAAACUAUUUAUGUCUAACUCAAACCAAGUGACUCAUCUAAGGCUAGUAAGUUGCUUCUUCCCAAUAGCCUUUUGUUUUGGUAAUAUCUUACUGUAAAAUAACUCUACAUCUUGUAUUGCUGACAUCAAGAGGAAAAAGUACCACAUCAGAUGGUCACGCAGCAAUAACACUUUAAAAUUGUUUCCAAUUAGAAAGACAGAGCCUCUAAAAGCAUAGGACACUAGUGCAGACACAAGAGGAGGCUUCUAGGACUUACAUAGUGUACAGUUACAAACUUUUAAUAUACUUAUUUGAUACAAAAACUUUAGCAAGAAAAUGAUUCAUUUGAUUGUAGAAUACAAUAUUUUUGUACAGCAUGAAGCAUUCAGUUAAUUUACCCUGUGUAGUAAAAGUCAUAUCAACUGUAUAGGACUUUCUGUAUGUAAAGGCAACCUGCCUCUGGGCUAGCAAUUCAAGUACGCAUUUGCUGGCAUGAAUGUAGUCUGAUGGACUGUUCUUUAGCUUUGGUGUGUCAGUGACUGAUUACAAGUGUCUGACUCUUCAUAGUGCUUUAUACUUAAUGAUUAAAUGCCGAACAAAAUGAAAAGGAGAAAUGAGAGGCUGAAAGUGAGCUAGGAUGAGGACCACAAGUACGGCUCCUGCUGUACAGUAGAUAGUAAUAACUGUGUUCUCAAAUGGAAGAAAGCACUUGUAGAGAGAGAAGUCUGCCGCUGUUAUGCUGCCCUGAGAAAUGGAAACAAGAACAUUUUAUAAGGCAGUUGUAUGUUGUUAAAUAAUAUUAACGUAGAAGAGCUCCAUUCUUCUCACAGCAUCAAUGCUUUCAACUGUUCUGGGGAUAAGAUACAGACAGCUUUAAAACUAUUUAUAUUAGAUAUUCUACUGUUAAGUACUAAACUACCCUGGAACAGCCCUGUUCCUGAAUAAGGAUACUACAGCUGCUAUUUGGACCUGGGCAGGCUCUUCCUUUAGACGUGACUGUCUCAGACCCCAUAAUAGCACUGGCCACAAUCCAACACAGAAUUAAACACCUUUAAGACCAUUGAAAUCAAUGAGAUUAAAGGUGCUUUAUUGGGUCGGAUGAUGGCUGCUAUAUGCUGGGGGGGGGGGGCAAGUGUUUGAGAUAGCAUGAGAAGUGACCAGAUUAGUUAUAUUCUUGUAGAAUAGGGAGGGAGGUGCUGCAGGUAAUCUAGGCCAUUAGCCAAUCAUCCUCUAUACUUCUGAAUGCUGGAAAGAUGACAUUCUGAAGUAAGCUGGAUUAUUUGGUAAGUAACCACUCUGAAUGAAACAAAAAGGGAGAGAACAUGUUACAAGUGGGGAAGAUUUUUUUUUUAUCUACGAACUGAAAAUUAUAACUAAAUCUGUAACUGCUUUGACUUUCCCCAUGCACAAGAGGCUGAAAAAGUAAAGUUAGAAUAGAACUGGUUUUUGAAGACUAAAGUAUUUAAAUAUGUUUUAGAACUGGGAAACUUUUUCACGCUCCUGGUUAAUCUACUGAGAGUUGUAAUCUAGUAAACCCAAAGUAAGCAAACUGUGAAUUAGGUUCAUCUGAAUAGAAUGUUGCUGCCCUAAGAGAUAGAUAGCUUGCACUUUUGAGAGACAAAGAACCAUGCAGAAAGAUGGUCUUGUGGAUAAAUCAGCCAAGCAAAAACAAGUCUUAAUACUGUUUGUUGCGGACUACUGAUGAUUGUUGCAGUCAAAUUGUUUACACUGCAUCAUCUUUAUAGAAACAUACUCAAUAUGCUUGUAUUUACAAAUUGUUGUAAAACCUACAAAAAUACUUUGCACUAUACAAGCUGAAUGGGUCCCCCAGUAUGUGCUUUAUAAAGUGGGUGCUUUGUAUACAACUUAAGUGUACUUUUGGAGAGGUUGGGAGGAGCUGUUUUGUUUUGCUUUUUUACAGGUAGCAUCAGUCUGAGAAAAUAGCUGACUGCUAUGUUGAUUUAUAUUAUGAAAAUUAUCUGAAAAUAAAAAUUAUUUAAAUUUA